GUGAAACUCCAACGAAUUCUAUCAUGUGUUGAUAUUACAAGGAUAUUGUUAUUUGAAGAAGUUCGAGGUGCUAUUAUACGCGUGCUACUUGUUUGGGACCCGUUUGUCACCCAACUCGACUUCUUCGAUUAUUCGAUUUUACUAUUUCAAUGAAAAAUAUAAUAUUAUAGGUCAUUUGAUCAUUUCAUGUAUGAACUUGACAAAUCUGUUGUACAAUCAUAUGGUAGUGGUAUCUCUGCUAAACUUUAAUGAUCAACACACGUGAGGUGAAAAAUUUACAAAGCAGAAGCCAUGGAUCUCCUGGUGCAAGGGACGUGUAUUGUGUAUUAUCUCUUGAUCAAGAAGAAAUAUUUAGAACAACAACAAUGGAAAGAACUCUCAAUCCAUUUUUUGGAGAAGAAUUUCAAUUUGAAGUACCUAGAAAAUUUCGUUAUCUUGGCAUUUAUGUUUAUGACCGUGAUAGACAUUUAAAACAAGAUAAAAUUUUGGGUAAGGUAGCAAUAAAAAGAGAAGAUUUAGCAACGUAUCAUAAUAAGGAACAUUGGUUUCCCUUGAGACUAGUUGAUGCUGAUUCUGAAGUGCAAGGUAAAGCACAUUUGGAACUUGCCCUUCAACCUCAAAUUGGAUACGCUCAACCUAAACUUACAGUAAGGAUAAUAGAAUGUAGUGAAUUAACUGUUAAAAAUAGUGGUUGUGAUCCAUUUGCAACUGUUACGGUUAACUAUAGUAAUGGUAAACAAGUAUUAAAACGCACAAAAAUUAAAAAAAAAACAAUAUCUCCAUACUUUAAUGAAACAUUUGUUUUUGAGCCAGAAAUAACAGAAUCCAAAGAGAAGGAUAUUUCUCAUUAUCCUCUUGAACGUGGAGAAGUGGGUGAGGUUGUCGUAGGUUUAUGGCAUGCAUCUUCUGGUAUGGGAGAGCAACCAGCUUUUCUUGGUGAAGUUAGAGUUACUUUAAAAGGACUACAAAAGCAGCCAACUAAUACAACAACUGCAUGGUACUUCUUACAACCACGACAAGUAAAACAUCGCCCAAGUAAAAUUUCAAACAGUUCUACAUCACCUGGUGCAGUUCCAGGCUUGGGAUCUUUGCGGUUAAAAAUACAUUAUACAGCAGAUCAUGUUUUUCAAUCAGCGAUGUAUGAUAGAUUAAGAAAUUUGCUGUUACAAAGUGUCAAUAUUCAACCAAUAACAUCAUCCGCUGUUUAUAUUUUGGGAGAAAUUGUGGCAAGUAAAAUGGAAGCUGCUCAACCAUUGGUUAGGGUAUUAGUACAUUAUGGACAAUUGGUUUCUGUAAUGAGAGCUUUAGCUAGUCAUGAAAUUUCUAAAUUAACUGACCCAACAACAAUAUUUCGUGGUAAUACGUUAGUAAGUAAAAUGAUGGAUGAAGGUAUGAGAUUAGCAGGUCUUCACUAUUUACAUAGUACACUUAGACCAGCUAUGGAACAAGUAUUCUUAGAGAAAAAGACAUGCGAAAUAGAUCCAACAAGAGUAAAGGAUGCAAAUACAAUUCAAACCAAUUUAGCGAAUUUAAAGGAAUAUGUUGAGAGGGUAUUUACUGCUAUUACAACAUCUGGUGUACGAUGUCCACCAUUAAUGUGCGAAAUGUUCUGGUGUUUAAGAGAACUUGCAGCGACACAUUUCCCAAAAAAUAAGGAAGUAAGAUAUUCAGUCAUCAGUGGAUUUAUUUUUUUACGAUUUUUUGCACCUGCAAUAUUGGGUCCAAGAUUAUUUGAUAUUACUACUGAACAAAUUGAUUCUCAAACUAAUAGAACGUUAACAUUAAUUUCUAAAACAAUUCAGAGUUUAGGAAACUUAGUGAGUUGUAGAGGUGGAGCUGGUAGCGUUUGUAAAGAAGAAUAUAUGGAAUGCGUAUAUAGAGAAUUUUACACAGAAAGACAUAUACAAGCAGUUAAGCAAUUUUUAGAAUUGAUAUCAACUAGUAGCAACAGUGGUAUUGCAAAACAACGAACAAGCACUCAGCAAGAACAACCAAUCGUAUUGAAAGAAGGAAUAUAUUUUCUCUUCAUGCAUACUGCUGAUUGUAAGAAGAGAGUAAUGAUUAAAAGGGCACAAGGUAGAAAACGAUUUGGUCGGAAAAAUUUUAAACAAAGAUACUUUAGGCUUACUACACAGGAUCUAACCUAUUCAAAAACGAAAGGUAAAGAACCUUUAUGUAAAAUACCGCUUGAAGAAAUAUUAGCUGUUGAAAAACUUCAAGAAGAUUCUUUUAAGAUGAAAAACAUGUUUCAAAUUAUUCAAUCACAAAGGGCAUUAUAUGUUCAAGCAGGAAAUUGUGUAGAAGAAAAAGAAUGGAUUGAUAUUUUAACAAAAAUUUGUCGUACAAAUAGCAAUCGAUUAGAAAAAUAUCAUCCGAGUGCAUAUAUUAAUGGUCAUUGGCUUUGUUGUAAAGCAGUAGCAGAAACUGCUCUAGGAUGCAGCGAAGUAUCACCAGGAGUGGAAGCUGGAUUGCGUAUGGUUCUAGAUCCAGAUAGAGAUUUGCAGCGAAUACAUUCUUUAAUAUUUACGAAUAUGCCGCGACUUGAAAGUUUAAUGAGUGCGUGUGAAUGUCAAGCUGUUUAUGGGGCUAAUGACAUGUGUAUUUUACCAGGAGGUGGGUCUCCUAUAGAAGAUGUGCCCUCUUGUUUUAAAACUUUAACUACAUUAAGAGAAGCUGCAUAUGCUUUACAGCACGAGCAUAGAGCCUACUUUAGAAGAUUGGCGCGCGAUACUAAAUAUGGAAGCAAGCAAGCUCCAAUUGGUGAUGAUAAUUACCUUCAUUUAGCUGCUAGAGCUGGAUUCGAAAGUCAAUUAACGAAACGUGCUUAUGAAAUAGACAGUUUAAAUCAACACUAUGUAGAAACAGAUCACUGCUAUGACAGCGGAUUUUCCAGGCGAAUAGAGGAUCAACGAUCAUACGAUGAAACAUUUAGAAAACGUCUAGAUUCUGGCUCGAUACAUCGUAGGUAUGAGAACGAAAAUAAUUUAGUACGACGAUAUGAAAGCACUACUGAUACUAUUAGAAGUAUCCAAAAUGAUCUCAACACGUUUGAUCAUAGUUUAAAUAAUACAUUUAGGACAGAUAAUUCUGAAAAAAAUGUAAAUUUAGAAAACAAUAGAAUUUUAGAUAGUUCCAGUUUUUUAGCAACAGAUGGAAUUACUAUUUCUAAUACAUUAUCAAGAAAGUUUAAUAGCUAUGACCAUACCAAAAUAUUAAAGGAAUGCACAAUAACAAAGUUCAAAGGUGACAAACCUGAUAUAUCUUGUAAUUCUUUGAAUGAGCAUACUAAUUAAUUCAUUUAAAUUUUGAAGAUGAAAACAUGUUCCUAUAAAGUUUUCUAAGAUGUCUCAUAUGUUCAUGUUAUAUUAAAGGCACACUGUAGUCUUUAAAUUCAUUAAAAUCAUACAAGAUUAUAUUUCUUGCAGUAGUAUACAGUAUAUGGAGUUUAAGUGUAUAUAACAGUAAUCUUCGAGCUGUUAAAUUUUGGAAUAGAAAAAUAUUUUAAACUUUCAAUGCUUUGAAAAAAUUGAAACGACGUUUAAAUGAAAUGGAAAAUCGUAUCGUUUAGAAAGUUAUUUCUUAUAUAUUAAGUCAAAAUAUAAAUGUUUCAUAAUUAUUUUAAAUUAUUUAUAAAAAUAGCCUUAAGCACAAUCGAUAUGGCACAAAAUGUUUGUUGGGCAGUAACAUAAGAAAAAAAUCAGAUUUCAUACUAUGCAUUGCUUGUUGAAAGGUUAAAUGAAGUUUAAGUGUUUACUAUAGUUCCAAUAUGUUGGGUGAGUCAUUGUUAGAUUUUAAGUACUUGUUUUGUUUUAAUGACAUGAUAAAAUGAUCUAAAACAGAAAUUAUUCGUAUCUAAAAGUUAUUUUUAUAUAACUGUUCAGAACCAAUAUAUCAAUAUCAAUGACCAAUUUAAAUUAGUUCAAGAUCUCCUAAACUAAAGAUAAAGUCUUCAUUCUAAAUAUAAUAUGUAUAUAACUAUCAAGAUUGUAAUUUAAUUUUAAAAAAUUUGUAUUAUCUAUUUCUUCUCCAAUUUAAAUCUUUUAUUCAAGAUUUUAAUUUAAUUCUCAGAUCCUUGAAUCUCACUUCACUUAUACUCUUCCACCUUUAUAUCUUUCUAUUGCUAGAAGUACCUCACAGUACAGACCAAAACUUAUUGAAAUUCUUGCUUAAAAUUAGUGCGAAUAAAAAUAAUCACAGAGUACUGUUGAAAAUUUUAAACAUUAACCAUGUGUUUUUGAAAAAAAUAUUCUGGUCAGCAUUGCAAUUUUAUGAAGAGUCAGAAGAUCUGUUGCUUGUUGUGUAGUUUAACAUGGUAUGUCACCUGAAUAUGUUUUGUUUAUGUUCUCAAGAAUUUACAUUUAUAUAUACUCUAUUUACAUUUUAAAGCUAAUUGAAUUUUUUGCUAAGCUAGAAAAAUCUCGUGGCAUUUUCCAUUAAUUCAUUUAAAAAAAAGAAGGGAAAAAUGAGAAUCUCCUCCAAAAACACCAAAGUCAAGUUCUCACCAAAUCACAUCUUUAUUAUUGAUUUCAAAUCUUUUACAUCCUUUUAAAGUACAAAUCAAAAUGCCAGCUCUUACUAGUACUUUAUCUUGCAGUAAACAUGUGAUCCAAUAAUUUCUUCUCAAUCAAUCCUUUAGAAAAGGGUUAAGUAUUCCAGUGCAGCUUAUUUGGAUUGCAGUAAACGUACAUGUAAACAAGACAAGAUAUGUUCCAUCCUUAAUGAUAAAUGCAUUAGUAAUUAGUACAAAAAAUACAUUUAUAACAUAUAGUUCAAUUAUACAUAAUUUCAAAUAUCUUAUACAAGCGCAAUUUUACACACAUGUAGUAUUGCUGAAUUUUGAAGUUUAAUUUACAUAAAAACAACAUCGAGUUUUCAUCACAUUAUGACAGAAUUUCUUAUUCAAGAGACUUUCUUAAUUCAAAUUUUAUCUAUUAUACCAUGUUUAAAUAUUUCAAAGUUACUAACAGUUUUGUUUGCAACUACAUUUUAUUCUGUGAUAAGAAGAGUUUUAACGUAUUGUUGGUUCAAUAUCGUAAUUUAAUAUCAAUAAAAUGUCAAAUAAAAGUGGGCCAGCCUGUCUCUAACGUAAAUAAGUAAAAUAGAAAACAAUUACAUAGUUAAUUUUUUGGGAUAUAUUCUUCUUUCGAUGGUGCAAUUUCUUGUUUCUUAUUAAAAUCGUUCCGUUUUUUUAAUUAAAAUCGUUUUGUUUCCAAACUAUUAAUUUAGGUUACUUUUAUCAUAAAUUAAUUCUGAAUAUUCAAUUGUUUCGUUACAUUAAUGUACUUAUUUACUAAAAAGUCUCCUUAUUUGUGCAUGUUGUAAAAAUUGAUACAGAUAGCGAAUAAUUUGUUAGAUAUUAAUAAACACAAUUGAAAAUAUCUAACGUUCAUCGUUGAAUGUCUUAUUUCAAUUACUAUAAAUAUUUGCAUUUGCACUAAACAGUGACUGUUAUGCCAUGGUUAAGCACGGGUCUGUAUAUUUUAUGACUUCUUAUUUUCAAAUCAAUUCAAAUCCGAUCACUCUGACUUCUUUUUGUAAUGAAUAGACACUGACUAGCUAACUAACGGUUUUAAUCAAUUACAUUUGCAUAAAUUACGUUAAUUAUGCAAAUUUUUGUAUAAAAACAUUUACCUGUUUUUUUCACUUUAUUGUUUAUUUAUUUGUAUUAAAUCAAUUAUAAUAAUAUGAUUUACAUUAUUUAAACAAAUCUUCAUCAGCAUUAAACAUCUCUUUUUUUGAUUUUUAAUUAGUACAGGUGAUAUAAAUAAUAUAAAAAAUAGUAUAAAGGUUGGCUAUAAUGUAAUAAAACUAUUAGUAUAAAUAAUAUAAAAAAGUUAAUAUAUUAGCAACAAACGUCAGAGCAGCCAUACUACAACUAUAUCUGGGAAUAAGAAAGAAUAAACUCAGUAGACACAAGUUGAACAUUACAAAUCAAACAGAGCAUAAGCAUACUCAACUUAUUCUCUACAAAUUGAAUGUUUUUAUUGACAAGUUAAAAGAGGAAUGAUAAAAUGUUCUCCAUACCAACAUAUUCUCUCUCUUUCUCUCCCUCUGUAUUACUUUAUUUUAAAAUAUGCAUUGUUUCAUAUUGAUUAAAAUGAUUUUUUAAUUGAAAAUAUACAUAUAAUGAAAUAUAAAUAUAAUAGAAGAGUAACUUAUGUGAAACUGUACUUAAGUACUGCAUCAAAAUCGCUAGGCUAAUUAAAAUUAAAGCAAUUUUUAAACUAAAUUUAAAACAUAAAUUUAAAAAUAUUAUAUAAAAAUUUUAUUGAUAGGAGUCUAUUUGUGAAAAAUAAUAAAAUUGUUCUGUAAAAAUCCGGAAUUUACCUAAUUACGUCCAAUAUGACUUAUGUAUAAUUACGUAUUCUCGAGUUUCUCUUACAAGAUACGUCAUUUAAAUGAUAACUAUUAAUUCUUAUAAAUAUUUUGUAUGACAUUAUUCUUUAAAAAAUAUUUAAUACGACACAUUCUGUUUUUUCUGCAGAAAUGAAAAUGUUGUUACAUUCUCUUAUCGAAGAUGAGAACAUUUCUCUGAAUAUCUUGAACUACUGAAUACAGAAAAAUAAUUUAAAAUAUAUUUUUUGAUAAAAAUAUUGAGUGAUAAAAACAGUUUGUUAAAAUAUUUUAUUUGUUUGUUUCUCCUUUUUUUCUUAAUUGUAAUUCUCAUAAAUUGUGAACUCAUUUCUACAUAAAUUCCUGAAUAUAGUUACAAACAGAAAGAUUCAAAUAAAUAUUAGAAUUGUAACAAUAUGCUCAUUAUUUGAAUGUGAACAUUAUAUGUUAUGUUUUUGUGUGUUUCAAAGUUUUAUGAUAUUUCAGGCAAUGAUUCAUGUGAUUUAUAUUUGGAAUUACCCUCUGUAUAAUAAGAAUUGUUAGAACUACAAAAAUUUAUACUACUAGUCAUGAUUUUUGAAGUCAUUAAGGACAGUUUAAAGAUUUUAAAUAAUUAUAAUUGUUUACAUUAUUUCCCUUCGUUUGCCAUUCAUUUUAGGUUUGCUAUGAAUAUCACAGAUAUAGACAACUUAUGACCAACUUAUGUCUUAAUAGGAGAACUUCUAAUCAUUCUAUUUUUCGCCUAUUUACUAUGCCUACGAGAUUUUUUACUACACUCUAAUAGGUAGCCCUUUCAUGGAAUCAGUGCUCAUGAUAAAUAUCUUUUACUCAUGCUUAUAGUAGUAUUAAAAAUUUAAUUCAAAUCACUGAAUGUCACUUAAAUGAUGUUCAUUGUUAAAAUAAAGUUAUUGUAUGACUUGGUUUCUAGAAUCAUCCUGAAUGCUUAUUUAUUCUUCCUUGAGACUAACAAACGAAAGUUAGUACUAUUACCUUAUUAUUUACUCUCGUUAUACAAUUUUUAAAAAACUUUAUUUAAUUAAUUCACUAAAAUCAUUUUAUUAAUAUAACUUAAAGAAUGUUAACGUUUGAAGCAUGUGAUGACUACAUUCUUUAAAAUUAUAUUAUAUACUCUCUCACAAGAAAGUAACAUUCAACAAAUAUCAAGUUAAUCAUUAAAUUAUUAGCUAAUACUUAUGCACAUAUGUAAAAUGUCUAAUAUACAAUGCAAUCAUAUCAAAAUUAUAUUUUAUACAAUUAUUUUUUUUAUUAAUGAAACAUCUUCCCCUUCAAUACUCUCCAUAUAUAUCUAUAAUGUUUCUUUUGUACAAAAUAUAUGCCUCGUUGAUUUUAUUAUUGAUAAUUAAAUACUUGUAUCUUGAUAUUAUUUUACAAAAUAUUUAAUAUAAAUAGAUUCCCACUCAAUCAGAGAUGUUCAUAAAUUAAGUUUUAGCAUAGGUGAUAUUAUAAACGAAAAAUAUUUGUUAAAAAAAUAUGUGAAAAUAUGAAACAAAGCACAAUGAAAUACGUUUUUCACAACAAUAUUUCAAAAGAAAAUUUGCAAAUGCAAUGAACCAUAAGAUUAUAUUUAUUAAUUAUAAUGCUGCAAUAGUAAAAACAUAUUAUUUUAAUUUAAAAAAUUUAUCUUAGAAGUAAUAUUGUAGUGCUGAAACAUACGACCAUGAAUGUAAACAAAAAUUAGUAAAUGGAAUUUUCAUUGAUAUAAUUUUGCAUGAAAAUUAAAUUGUUUGUCAUUGAGACCAACAAAACUAUUUACUGUUUUUACUUAAAAUGACUCACCCCGUAUAUUUUAAACUGAUCAAAUCUAGCAAUAUUUUAUAGUAGAUGUGCAAUUACACAUAAUUCUACAGUAAAUGAUAAUAUAAAAAAAUAAUAAUAAUAAUAUCAAAUGUGUAGUAAUAUAAUAAUAACUAAGCAAUUGCUAAAUGCAUUGCUAAAUCGCAUGCUGAUUGUUAAAUACAAAUUGCUUUUGCAAGUGUAUAACUUCACAAAAUUAAUCACAAUAAUUUCCCAAUCAGAUAAGCUAUUGUUGUUAGAUUAAAAUUAAUAUCUAAUAUCAAACAUAAAAUAAAUUAACUCAAUCUUUUUUUUAUUAAACAAAACAUCAUGGAAAAAUUUAUCAUUUUGUAUAAUAAAAAUAUUUUUUAUACAAACAUAUUUGAAUGUUAACAAAACACUUAAACUAAAUAUACUGUAAGAUCCUAUUUUAUAUGCUGUUGACUCUCCUUCAAGGGGUUUUUUUUUAUUUAUGUGUGCGUUUUCAUCGAAUUAAUUGCAUAAGUUCUAUAAUGGCUUAAUUAUUAAUAGAAAUAUGCAAUGAGCAAUAUUUCAAGGAUUGUUUAAAUUACUUCUAUAGUUUGUUAUCAUGCACUACAAGGUAUGACAUUUCACAUCAAUAAAAACUUUUUUUAUUUAUUUAUUUAUGUUUUAUUCUUAAAAGAAAAAAGAAAAAAAAGUAGAAAUAUAUAUAUCUAUAAGUAUGAUAGCGAAUUGUAUUUUAUCGAUAAAGUAAAUCAGCAAUCUCAUUAUUAGAGAAAUAUUAUAUUAUGACCAAUAUUCAUUAAGACAUUUGCAUAUGUACAAUAUAUUUUUAAUUGAUCUAUUGUUUCGUUUAUAUUUUUAUAAAAUUAUAGUACUUCUAUUUUAUGUUAUGCUUUUAACAAUUAAUAGUAUUUGUAUAAUUUUAAUUUCUAAAUGCUUGUGAAAAUAAGCAAAACAUAUGUCGUCUUCAAAUAUUAGGAAAACAUAAUAUUAGGUAAUAAUAAUUUUUAUACACUGAAAUCAAAUAAUACAAUACAGUAUCAAAUAUAAAAUCAAUACAAGUAGUAUUUAAUCUGUACAUAGUGGCAUUAUAAAUAGUGUUUUAGCGAUGAUUUUGAAAUUUGCCUUUGUAUCUUAAUGUAAUUUAUUAAAGGAAAAUAUGUAUAAAAUUAUAAAUUAUAUAUAUAUAUAUUAUAUAUAAUUAUAUUAACAUAUUUUGUUAAACUUUAUAAAAUUUUUGAUCUAAUUUAUUCUUUUUUCCUUUUUUUUUUUUUUAAUGUAUAUGAUUUGUAAAACAGAUGUAUAUCUCUUGCAUUUAUUCUUGUAAAGAUGUCCCUACAUUUGAAAUAUAGGAAAUGGAUAUAUAGGGUGUCUCAGGAGAAAUUCAUACAACUUUACUAAUAUGUUUAGUAGGUUAUUCUGAAUCAAGAAGAUCGUAUACAGUUUUCAUACAGAUUUUCAUCCAUUAUUGAUUUAGUUAAAAAGAAAAAUUCUGCUCAUAUUUAAUGCAUUUCUUGGCUUGCUUCACUUUUAUAUUCUACAGCUGAUGUUCAGCAUGUCAUCCUUGUAAUGUAUAUAGCUACUGUAUCUGCGAUUUUUAAUUUUUAAUACUGUUAUUUGCAUUGGAUAUAUAUUGUAUCGGUUGUCUGAAAUUGUGAUUUCAUGUAAUCACAAAGAGAGAAAUUCAGUGGUUUUAAAUUAGGUGAUUGAGGUGGCCAUAAGAUUGGUCCAUAUCAUCCUAUCCAUCUUUCAAGGAAAUGUAUAUUUAAAAAUGCAUAUUUACACAAAUAUAAAAUCUAGAGACAGAGUGAACUCACUAGUCACCAAUAGUUACGAUCUUAUACUGAUACUUGAUAUACAGAGUAAACAAAAUUGACAUCAAAACAGAACUAAGAAUUUUUAAAACGUGUGAUCUUUUUAAAUUACAAAUUAACAUGCUGAUAAAGUUAAAUUUUCUUCUGGUACACCUUGUAUACUAUCUAUUUUAAAUAAAUGAAAAGAAUUUUCUUACAUACGUUUGUUGUUAAUAUAUUUUUAUACAUAUAAAAUUUGUAAAUAGUUAUUACUAUAUUUUAAUGACUUAAAAUUGUAGUUUUGUCUAUAUAUGUUUCAAUAGUUUUUAAUAUUUAAACAUUUAAUAAGGUUGCUAAGAUUAUAAUUAUAAAAUAUUCUUAUGUGGAUAUAAAUAAGACUGCUCUCUUAAUAAAAUUUUAUUUAUGCCCUA